AUGGGCAAGAGCAAGAAGGGCAAGCGCGGAGCCGCCGUGGCCGCCGCCGACGAAGCCAUGGCUUCCGCGGAGGCGAUUGGUGGGGAGCAUCUUGAGGCACCGCCGCCGGCUUCUGCGGAGGUAACCGACGCGGGCGAGGCGGCGGCCAACGGGGAGGCGACGGCGGCGGCGGAGGCGGAGCCGGACGAGCCGAGGCGGGACUCGUCGCCGCCGGAGCGCGGCGAUGGGGAGGCCGCGACGCUGAAGCGCCUCAACGGCAUUCUCAUCAGCACGGCCGCCGAGGAGCGGAAGCGGGUGGCGGCGCUCGAGGCGCGGCUCGGCGAGCUCUCCGCCGACGCCACCGAGCUCGCGGACGUGGAGCGCGCAGUGCUGCUCGCGGCCGUCUCGGCCCCGCUCAAGGCCGCGGAGGAGGAGCGCGCCGCGCUGCUGGACCGCAUCGCGGCGGCGCGGGACUCGCUCGAGCGCGCCCAGGCGGAGGCGGCGAGCGAGGCCAGCGCCGGGGCCGAGGCUGCGGCGUGGCUUCAGGCGGCGGUCGUGGAGAAUGGUCAGCUCUUGGAGCAGCUUCGUGCGAAGGAGGAUGAGGCGGCGGCGGCGGCCGAGCGGGUGGCGGUACUGGGGGCUGCGCUAGUGGGAUUGGAGUCCCAGAACUCGAACCUGCGCGCGGAGAGGAGCGAAUUGGAGAGCCAAUUGGAGGCUAUGACGGCGUCAGCUCGUGAUGUUCAGUCCCAGAAGGCAGUGCUGGAAUCAACCUUCAACGAGUUCAAGAAGGAAGACGAGGUUUACAAGCAGGAGAUGGAGUCAAAGCUUCAGGAUCAAUUGAAGGAAUUGGAGGCUCUGCAAUCCAGGAAGGCAGAAUUGGAGGCGAAGAUGGCUUCUUUGGAAGCAAAGCUCUCGGCUGCUGAUGCUAGGAACCUUGAAUUGGAGUCGGAAAUGGACAAAAUGCAGGCAGAGAUGGCUUCUACCAAGGAGGAGGUGGAGAAGCUCCAAGCCAUGGUUGCGGAGGUGGAGCAGAAGAAAAAUGCUGUGGUCGCUGAAGUGGCUAGGCUUGAAAGUGAGAUUGAUCAAUUGGUGAAGGCGAAUGAAGCAGCUGCUGAGGCACAUAAUGCUGAGAAGAAAACGAUGGAGUCUGAAUUGGAGACACUGAAAGGGAGCAUGGACAGGAUUAUGGCCGAGAAAGAUGAUGCUUUAGGCAUGGUACAUGCUAAAGAUGCUGAGGCUGGAAAGUUGAGGGAUGAACUGAAGAAGCUCCACAGUUCCAUGGCUGAGCUCCAUGCUCGCUGCGAUGAUCUUGAUGACAAGUCUUCCUUCCUCGAAGAUGAGAAGAAUUUGGUUCUGAAAGAACUUGAGCAGGAGAAAGCCGAAGCAAAUGAGCUGAAGUUUAAAAUUCAGGAGCUUGCGUCCUAUAACAGAGACAAAGAUCAUGAGAUUGGGGCACUGAAGGCAGAAGUUAGGGGCAGGAACGAACAAAUCAUUGACUUGAACGGGGAGCUUGAGCAGCUGCAGCUCGCAGUGGCCGAGGCAGAGCGCAGGGGGAAGAAUGUGGUCUGGACGUGGCUGGGUCCAGCUACCACAACCGUGGUAGCAGCUGCUUCCUUCGUCUACGCCGCACGUAGUCGGUGA